AUGGCGGAGUCGAACGGCAGCCCGCCCGUGGACCCCGACGAGGAGAAGGAGGAGAUCGUCGUGCCGACGCAGCCGGUGCACGUCUUCCUGCUCGCGGGCCAGUCGAACAUGGCGGGCCGCGGCGUCCUCGCCGACGACGCGACGACGCGCGAGGCGCCCGCGCUCGACGACCGCAUCUUCGUGUGGAAAGACGGCGCCUGGGCCGCGCCGGCGCACCACCCGCUCCACAGCGACAAGGACACCGCGGGCGUCGGGCCGGGCCUGAGCUUCGCGCGCGAGAUCAUCCAGGCGCUGCCCGCGGCCGAGCGCUGCGUCGGCCUCGUGCCCUGCGCCGUCGGCGGCACGGCCAUCGCGCGCUGGGAGCCCGACGGCGGCGACCUCUUCGCGGCCGCGGCCGACGCGGCCAAGGCGUCCGUCGAGGCGAGCGCGGCCGCGGACGCGCGGCUCUCGGGCGUGCUCUGGCACCAGGGCGAGUCCGACGCCGACGACGCGGCCCGCGCCGCGGCCUACCCCGACGCGCUCGCGCGCGUCGCCCGGUCGCUGCCCGAGCGGGCCUGCUGCGACGCCGCGGAUUUCGUGCCCGUCAUGAUCGUCGGCGAGCUCGGCGUCAACUUCCUCGACGCGAAGCGCUUCCCGCACGCGCGCGCGGUCAACGACGCCAUCUGCAAGGCGCCGGGCGUCCUGGACCAGGAGGGCCGCCUCGUGUCCGUCUGCUCCGCGCUGGGCCUCUCGCACCUCGGCGACAACCUGCACUUCGACGCGCUCUCCGCGGAGAUCCUCGGCCGCCGCUACGCGCACGCGUGGCUCCUCACGGAGGGCCUCGCGCCGCCGGACCUCCACGACUUCGCGCUCGCGCCGGGCUUCCUCAACGACGAGGUCGACCGGCCCUGGUAUUCGCGCUUCUUCGGCAUGAUCACGUGCGCGACCUAG